AUACUCUAUAACUCAAAACUAGAUGAUAGUAAUUCAGAAGCUAAAGCUAGUUAUAAAUUAUUACAAAAAUCAAAUCACAGCACAAGAAAACUUCUAUAUAAUACAUUAUCAUAUACAAAUAACUAUUGCAGAGAAAUUGCACUUAAGGCAAUAUUACUAGCAUACUCUACUUCUAAAAACAAGAAAUGUGUCUUUGAAGACAAACUUAAAGAUAUAGUAGAAUAA